AAGCACUUGAAGCCAUUUACGAUCUGUUCGGCCAAAUUCCAAGCCGGCCGGACAGUGGUUUGGACGUCCUUUACUAAGGUAAAUAAAUAGGAAGAACUCUAACGGUCUAACCCCAAAGAUAAGAUGAACCACAAUACGGUUGAAGUGUUUUGAUAACCCCAUUUUCCCUCUACUUAUGCGAUCUUUCAUUCCAUCCACGGAACUAUUUGGUAAAGGAAAGGCAACAACGACUUACCUGGGUGGAUUGAGACGAGUCACAAAAGUGCAUUGUGAACUCUGGACGUAGCUGUAGGAAUUUGUCGUCCACUUCAAGUUCAGUUUUGAGCCCAAACGAAACACCUGUCAGAUUUGAUUUGAUCAUUAUGUCCCUGCUGCUCCAAGGUUUUAUGGGAACCUUUGAAGGUGCACCUUACACGGUCACCAAGACCCACGACAAUGGUCUGGAGGAAAGGGAGUAUACGCCCUAUAAAUGGGCAGCAACCAAGUUUGUACCCAAUAUCGACGGAGACGAUCCUGGCCAGUCGACGAGUCCCAUGUUUCGGCGACUCUUCAACUACAUAACCGGGGAGAAUGAGACAAAGCAAAAGAUCGCCAUGACCAUUCCUGUGAGUACAUGGGUGUCCACAGAGAAGCAGGGAGCGGAGCAAUCUCGGGAAAUGUGCUUUUACAUUGGCCAAGAUAUUCAAGACAAUCCUCCCAAACCAACCAACGAACACGUCUACAUCGUGGAGAGAAAACCCAUGACAAUAUUGACACGGAAGAUUUCCGGUUACCCAAACGAGACCACGUGGAAACAGGAGUAUCAGAAUAUUCUCGAGAUGGCCAAAGAUAUGAACGUUGAUGUGGACCAAACCGGCUACUACCAAAAUGGAUAUGAUGCCCCUCAGAAGUUCAUCAAUCGUCGGAACGAGUUGUGGCUGGUCAAGAAGCCCCCUCAGGAGCCCUAGGCCCCCCAAGAGGAUUAAGACAAUGGAAUAUUGAGCCCAGGCGUUUUAUUUUUUGUAUCAUGGGAAUGCGUGUUUUUAUAUGCAAAAUAUUUUGCAUAUAUAUCAUGCACAUGAUAAUAUACCUCAAGUACUCAGAAAAGA